AUUUUGUUUUGUUAAUUAGAAAAUUAUAUAUCUUUCUUUUAUUUAAGUUAUUAAUAUGAAACUACUUAUUUACCUUGGAAAAUAAUACUCUUGACCCGAUACCUAAUUAUAAAUUUGUGACCCUUCUGUAAAAAACUUGAAUUUUUCUGAUAUAACUGUUGGUUACUUAGUUACUUUUUUUAGCGGGGACAUUGCGAAUAUGAAUCUCGUUGUUCUUUGGGAUACGUUAAAACUUCUUUAAAUUCUGUCAUUACAAUAACUCGUUAGUGGGUUUUGUCUUGUAAAUAUUAAAAUGUAUUUUAGUUUUUUGAUCAACCAGGCGAAUUCCGUGGUGUAAAUUUUUUAUUUUGUGUUAGAAAUAAUUUUGUAAUACAAUGGACAAAAGGAAACCAUCUGAAGCAGUCCUUGUUAAAAAAAUACUCCUAUUAAGACAGAAAUAUAAACAACAAAAUAAAGAAGAGCGAAUUUUUAUGAAAAGAAAUAAGAAACUAGUUAAAGAGAUCCAGUACCUCAAAGAAAGGUCAAAGAGUUUGAAUGAUGAAAGAUUGACGCUACAAAAAGAUGUCUAUGACAAAAAAUAUGCUAAGGCUGGUAGUGAGGGUAGCAAUAUUGCAUUGAAGAAUAGUUUAUCAUCUUUUUUAAAUGAUUUGCAUGCUUUGCAAACCAAAGUCAUAAAUAGUUGGAAAGAGAAUCAAAAAGAAAGUCUCGUAGGGAAUAGGCAUUCAUCUAAGAAACCUGCAGAAAGCUGUCCACAGGAAUCAGUGGAACAGCAGACGUUAUCUGAGGAUCUUGGUAGUCAAAGUCGAGGCUCUUCUCCUCUGAAGGAAGUGUCUAAUUCACAGAAUGGCAUAAUGGUCUGCAAAAUUGAAGCUCUUAAUGGACAUGAAGUUGAACCAGUGUUGACCAACCACUGUGAUCUUUCAGAAAGCAAAGAGGAAUUGACAUUGCUGUUGAGCUCGUUCUGCAGAAGAGAUACAGUGCCAAUUGACAAACCUACUGGACCAGUUUAUCAAGAGUAUGAAAAUAUGCAGCUUGAUAAAACUUGCAAACCAGACUUCCAAGUAUCUGAAAAUGUAUCACUUGAGAGAACUUGUGAACCAGAAUAUCAAGAACCUGAAAACGUGUCAGUUGAGAAAACUAUUAAACCAGACUUACAAGAACCUCAAAAAGUAUUACUUGAGAGAAUAAGUAAUUCUGAGCCAGAGUUUCAAGAAUCUGAAAAUGUCUCACUUGAGGAAACUUGCGAAACAGAUUUCCAUAAAUCUCCAAAUUUGUCACUUGAAAGAACCUGUGAACUUGACCAUCAAGAAUCUGCAAACGUGUCGCUCGAGGUAACCUGUGAACCAGACCAUCAAGAAUCUGAGAAUGUAUUACUUGAGAGAGCUUGCAAUUAUCAAAAAUCCAAAAAUGAAGUUCAGACAAUCAGGCCUAUAGAAGAGGAGCCAUUCCAUGGAUUUCAAGAAGAUUCAAAUGAAAAAGCAAAAUUUACAGAAAUGAUUGCGAGGCUUUCUGCAAAGCAUGACAGUCUUGAAUCUUUAAGAAAUUAUGAGAUUGCUCAAUCUCUCACAGUUUUUGAAUCCAAUCCUGAGAUCACAACUAAGGAGGCUGUGAUCACUUCCACAUUAGAAGUAGAUUUGUCGAAAUACUACAAGAUUCAACAAUUAGAAGUAUCUAUUCCCAGGCUAGACUUGUCGGCAUAUCCCUCUUUGAAUAGCACCAUUGAGAUUCCAAAAAAGGAUGUAUCUAGAAGAAGAAAAAGCAUGAAAAGCAAUCAGGAUGAAGAUAGAAAUAAGAGGGAUGCAACACCUGACUCCGCUUCAGAAUCCUCAAAUAAUGUGCGUUUACCGAGGAGAGCACGGAAUGCAGUCAGUUACAAGGAGAAACCUUUAAAAAUGAAACUGCGAAGGAGCUAAAGAUUCUCAUCAACUGAUAAGAUGUAAAGAUUUAUUGCAAUAAUCGAUAAAUCAUGUCCAUUUAUGUAUAUAAAAUCAGCUAGACUAAUUUUUAUACCAACUUUUAAUAUAUAUGUUUCAUUUUAAUGUUCCUAUUAUUUCAUUAGUAAUAAUUAUCUUGUUUAAGUGUAAUUAUUAUUUUCACUUACCCAAUUUCUUUUUUUUCAACAGAAAUACAUCUUUUAAGCUCUCCUUAGCCCGAAUAACGAUAAUGAGUAUAAAAAGUUGUGUGUGUGUGUGUGAUGCGUGUGUGAGAGAACAGCAUUGCUCAAAAAAGAAAACAUAUACAACUCUGAAAUUAUAUCUUCUUUAUUCUUAUAGAAAGAAUAAGAAGUAUAUGGGUAUUAGAAGAACUGUUGUGGAUAGUGAAGCCCGGCAGGAACUUGUUUCUUAGCUCCAUGUAUUUUUAAUUAAGGACUAUUGAGCAAAUUAAUAAUAAACAUGGUAAAUAUUUAUAUAUAUUUAUCAAUAUCAGGUCUUAUCCUUAUUGAAAUAAUCAUACUGGGCCUAAAGGCUAAAUUUUUAUAUCUAAAGUACUUUUAAUUAAUAAUAUUAACUAUGGAAGAAUGUGAUAAUUAACCAAAGAAAAAUAGUGGAUAAAAUAUUGCUGGCUGAAAAUAAAUUUCUGGCAAUAAGAAUAGUAAUAUAGAAGUAUGAUGAAUCGUUGGAAAUCUAGAGAUUUAGAAAAAUAAAUAUCUAACUUAUAAGUGAUGGAAAGCUAACGACUUUUAAUUGUUGCAGUUAGCAAUGCCUAACGUUAUAUUAUUGAAUGAGAAAUAGAAGUUUCAAUUAAAAAUAAAUGAUAUUUUCAUAGAAAAUAUGUGGAAAACUAAAUUUGUUUUUCUUGAUAAACCAAAUAUAUUUUAUACAAAGAGGUAUCAAAAUUUAUAUAAACUGUUAUAAGUUUGAAUUUAUAAUUAAAGUAAUAUUCUCAAGAUUCAUUAAUUAAAAAAAAAGUCUACUGAAAGUAUGUUGGUAAGUAAAAAUUGUGUAAUACAUCCUAACAUAAUGUUUAAAAAAUAAAAUGCUAAUA